AGGUACUUUGAUGGAAACCUGGAGAAGCUUUUUGCUGAGUGUCAUGUAAUUAAUCCAAGUAAAAAGUCUCGAACACGCCAGAUGAAUACAAGGUCAUCAGCACAGGAUAUGCCUUGUCAGAUCUGCUACUUGAACUACCCUAACUCGUAUUUCACUGGCCUUGAAUGUGGACAUAAGUUUUGUAUGCAGUGCUGGAGUGAAUAUUUAACUACCAAAAUAAUGGAGGAAGGCAUGGGACAGACUAUAUCGUGUCCUGCUCAUGGUUGUGAUAUCUUAGUGGAUGACAACACAGUUAUGCGCCUGAUCACAGAUUCAAAAGUUAAAUUAAAGUAUCAGCAUUUAAUAACAAAUAGCUUUGUAGAGUGCAAUCGACUGUUGAAGUGGUGUCCCGCUCCAGACUGCCACCAUGUUGUUAAGGUCCAGUAUCCUGACGCUAAACCUGUUCGCUGCAAGUGCGGACGCCAGUUUUGCUUUAACUGUGGUGAAAAUUGGCAUGAUCCUGUUAAAUGUAAGUGGUUAAAGAAGUGGAUUAAGAAGUGUGAUGAUGACAGUGAAACCUCCAAUUGGAUUGCAGCCAACACAAAGGAAUGUCCCAAAUGCCAUGUCACAAUUGAGAAGGAUGGCGGUUGUAACCACAUGGUCUGUCGCAACCAGAACUGUAAAGCAGAGUUUUGCUGGGUGUGUCUUGGCCCUUGGGAACCACAUGGAUCUGCCUGGUACAACUGUAACCGUUAUAAUGAGGAUGAUGCAAAGGCAGCAAGAGAUGCACAGGAGCGGUCCCGGGCUGCCCUACAGAGGUACCUGUUCUACUGUAAUCGCUACAUGAACCACAUGCAGAGUCUGCGUUUUGAGCACAAGCUGUAUGCUCAGGUGAAGCAAAAGAUGGAGGAGAUGCAGCAACACAAUAUGUCCUGGAUUGAGGUGCAGUUCCUGAAGAAAGCCGUCGAUGUCCUCUGCCAGUGUCGUGCCACACUCAUGUACACUUAUGUCUUCGCUUUCUACCUCAAAAAGAAUAACCAGUCCAUUAUCUUUGAGAAUAACCAAGCAGAUCUAGAGAAUGCCACAGAGGUGCUUUCAGGGUACCUUGAGCGAGAUAUUUCCCAAGACUCUCUGCAGGAUAUAAAGCAGAAAGUACAAGAUAAAUACAGAUACUGUGAGAGUCGACGAAGGGUUUUAUUACAGCAUGUGCAUGAAGGCUACGAAAAAGAUCUGUGGGAGUACAUUGAGGACUGAGAAUGGCCCUGCAUAAAAUGAACUCUGAAAACUUUACCAUCUAGAGUGCUCAUGCAAUUAAAACAAAACAAACACAAACACAAACAAGGAGGCACUAAGCCUGUUCUGACACUGCUGGUCUGUAGUGCCAGAAUUCUGUUUUGUUAACGGAAAGUUUAAGUAAAUUAUAUUGUAAUAAAAAAGGUAGAUAAACCAUUGUACAACAGUAUUCUAGGCCGCCAACAAAAGUGUGACAGACACACUAAAAGCCCUCCAACUUUAACUUGUAACGUAGCUUCAUUUUCAAAGCUGACUCCUUUUUUUCUUUUUCUUUUUCCUCAGUGUAGCACAGUUAAAAGUUUCAAAUAGCUCCUUGACACUAUUCUUCACGUCCAAACCAUUUGUUGUACUUUGGUCAAGGACCUCUUCCCCUUCCUCCUCUGUACAUUCAGAUGCACCCCCACACAUAGGGUGACUCUUGUCAUACCCAAAGAACAGGAGAGAGUGAUAAUUAGCUCCCCAGAAGGGAACUUCUUGGGAGGGAGAGGGUAAGCAGCAAGAGGAUUAAAUAAACAACACACAUACACACACACACACACACACACAUACACACACACACACACACCAAAACAAAAACAAAAAAAAAAACCUUUGUAUAUGACUUUUAAAACAAGAGGACAACACAGUAUUUUUCAAAAUUGUAUAUAGUGCAUAUGCAUGGACAAAGCAAGCGUGGCACGUGUUUGCAUAAUGUUUAAUUACAAAAAAAUAUUUAUUCUUUAAAAGUCUUCAAGAUUAUGUCUAUUUGCUGUGCAUUUUCUUUCAGUUGGCUUUAUCUCCCCAGGGUUGGGGUUGGGAUGAAGACGUGCUUGUUUAUUAACACCUCUGCAACACCUGACUGGAGUGCUUCAGUUUCCCCUUCCUGAGGUCACUCGCCCUUCCUGAUUUUGGUAUGUCUUUGGCCUGGCCAUGGUCUGAUCCUUGAAUUUCCAGCUCUCGGGCAGGAAGAGGGAGAACAAGUUCCGAAUAGAUGCCAUGGUCUGGUUUGUGCUCGAGGUGUUGGGUGAUUUGUCUCUGACUUACCACCCCUCCCUGACUUCAGGCUCCACCCAGCCCUGAAGAUCAGGUCACGAACACAGCUGUAGACUCCUGGCACUCCCCAUGACCAGAGGAAGUGGUUCCUAAUAUCUUUUCCUGUUUUGUUUCCCCUUAAUUGCUGCUUUGAGCCUUUUACGAUUUUAGUUAUGGCUCGUCCCAUCCCUCCUUUUUAUGUUAGGGUGUUGAAUAGAAUGUUUUUGCUUUAAAUAUAAAUAAAUAGCCAUUUACUUAGUCUCAGAUUGUGAAUUUAAAAUGGCGGAUCCUUGUGUGUGUUGCAGUGGGCCCAGUGUGUGAAGACAAACACCCCCAGACCUGAAAUUCCUGCACAGUGCAUUUAUGUAGAAAUAGGACUUUGCUUCUUUUCUACUGUCAGCAAAUAGAAAAACUAUAAUACAUUUUAGCUGUGAAGCCCAUUUUUAUGAAAUUUCUACUAAAAGCUAUGUUAAAAGUAAAGGAUGGUGGUGGUUUUAUUAACUCUCUACCUGUUUAGGCCAUUCUGGCUGUGAUAUUUUUCAACAGGUCAGGUUUCUUACAAAAGCGCAGAGUGAACUAGGCAAACUAGAUCAAGUGGUAUAACUACUAGAUGCCAGUUUGGGCUGAGGACCUCUUUGUCUUCCUUUCACUGUCCUGUGCCUGGGGAGUGUUUACCAUUUGUGAGGCAGCCUUGUCUGCUCUUGCAUUUGUACAUCUUAUUACUCCAUUGGGAAGUAGGUUCACUUUCCUCUGGCCUUUUGCCUAAGUUAGGCUUUGCUGAAUAAACCCUACUUUUCCUUUUAGAAAAAGUUGUUAAAUGAGAUGUACUUGCAGCUGUUCUUUUCCCAGAAAACAAAAAACAAAUAACAAAAAAAACCCUGAAAAACAAAACCAGUGAAUGUUUGCUGAGUAUGUUAUGCUGCUUCCUGAACCACUUGUUGCUUUAGGGUCAACUCUGUCCCUUUCUUCCCCUUUUCCACCUCAGUGCAGACCUGAACUCAAUGUCUGCUUCUUCCACAUUUUCCCCUUUCUUUCCCCAAACUUCCAUUUGACUUUUAAUAGCUGUUCCAACCUAAAUGACAUUUAUGAAAUCUCAAGAGAUUUUUUUUCCUGUUUUUUGUUUUUUGCUUUUAGAUAGCGUGACUAUUUCUUUCCCUGGUAACUUCGCAAAGCAGCCAGAGCUGUUAUAUACAUGUUUGUGGUUCCCUUAAAAUGCUUUAUGUGAUGUUUCAACAUGCACCGGUUAACUUUGCAGUAUCUAGGUUUGAAUAUUCUCAGUCCCCCUUCCAAGCUCCCCUGGCAUCACAACAGGUGUCCAGCAACAGUGUGUGCACUUGGUAGUAUCAGCGCCACCCAAGAGGGACUGUUCUUUCCAGGGAUGGGUUCUAGUUUCAGUGUUGGCCAGUGACCUGAGGGGAUUGCCCUGCUGGAUGCAUUCCCUAGUUUGUGUGGAUCAAGGUGGCCUGGCCUUUUCAGCUACUUCUAAGCUUUUAACAGCUUUCUCCAUAUUUGACAAGAGUUCCUGGAGUUAAUUUCUUUUGUUGUUUAUAGCUUCAGUGCCCCCCAGCUGGGAUAGGCAAGCCAUAUUGUAUGACAGCUUCCCUAUUUCACCUACGUUAUGCCUACCUGAGGGCUCUGUUCACAGGAAGCACUGGUGUCUCCCUGCCGUUCUGAGGUCAGUCACGUUGCCUUUUGCAAAGUGCAUGUUUGAUUUGAUCCAUUCAUUGAACAUUGAAUCGUUUUCAGUGAUUUACAAUAAAACUUUGAUCCAAAGCUCAGGACACAAACCAUAAUGAUAAAAUGGUGUAGCGUAUAAUGUCAUCAGACUCAAUUCUGUGUAAUUUUCUGUGACCCAGAUUAUAUGUGUUCUAUGUGUGUUUAAAUAAAUAUAUUAAAUACACUUGUACACACACACACAUACAUACAUAACAGAUCCAAGACUUCACUGACUUGAUUUGAAAUGGUUGAAUCUGUAAUGUAAUGUGGUUCAGUUGUGAUUCUGGAACUGAGAUUUAGUACAAAUACAGAAGCAGACUUGUCACAUCCUUUAGUUACACAUCCUGGUACAGAGCACUUGGGGGAUGGGAUGGGGUGGGUUGGUGAGACAAUCAGAUGAUUGGUGAAUUGAUGAAAAUGCUCCUAGCCCUGUAAUGUUGUGCAUAGAGCACCUGUGCUGUGGAAAUGACUGUUCUUAGAUUUUCAUUGUAACUGGACUGUUCAGGUUGCCCACAGGGAAAGAACAUUCCUAAUUCUAAUAAAAUAAACUUUUAUUUUGUUAUUC